AAUAUCCACAAAGUCCUUUGGGCGUUAAACCACAUCAUACGAGAAGAUCCCUUGCGUCGGGCAGCCUACGGGUUCACCAUUGAAGACACAUCCACUCGGCUGUGGUACUGCGAUCGUUCGCAGGUUAUUGCUAGCGCUUCCUUCGACUUCUUCAAGGACCCCAAGUCCAUCAUCAGAUUCUUCCUGGCAGCAUUGUAUGCUGACAAGACAGCCUUGGGAUGGGACCCUACUAUUACCCGU